CAGGUCUGGCAGCAUCUGUGGAGAGGAGCACAGUUAACGUUUCGAGUCCGAAUGACCCUUCAGCAGAACUCAUUCGGAUGUGACACCAAGGUUGUGAACAGUCUGGACACGCAGUCGGUGACAAUUUUGAGAUGAUCAACACCGAGCGUGAUGGCUUCUGGAGUGACGGGGAGUGUCUCAGUGGCAUUGCACCCGCUGGUUAUUCUCAACAUCUCUGACCACUGGAUCCGGAUGCGCUCUCAGGAGGGGAGACCUGUGCAGGUGAUUGGUGCCUUGAUUGGAAAGCAGGAGGGCAGAAACAUUGAGGUGAUGAAUUCUUUUGAGCUUCUCUCUCACACAGUGGAAGAAAAGAUCGUCAUUGAUAAAGAGUAUUACUACACCAAAGAGGAGCAAUUUAAGCAGGUCUUUAAAGACAUGGAGUUCCUGGGCUGGUACACCACUGGGGGUCCUCCAGACGAGUCUGAUAUCCACGUUCACAAGCAGGUGUGUGAGAUUAUUGAAAGCCCACUCUUCCUCAAGUUGAAUCCCAUGACGAAGCACACAGAUCUUCCAGUUAGUGUUUAUGAGUCAGUCAUCGAUAUCAUCGCUGGAGAGGCCACGGUGCUGUUUGCCGAACUGACCUACACCUUGGCCACAGAGGAGGCGGAGCGCAUCGGAGUCGACCAUGUGGCUCGCAUGACGGCUACGGGCACAGGGGAGAACUCCACAGUGGCUGAGCAUCUAAUUGCGCAGCACAGCGCCAUCAAGAUGCUGCACAGUCGGGUCCGAGUUAUCCUGGAGUACGUGAAAGCUGUGGAAUCGGGUGAAGUGCCGUUUAACCAUGAAAUCCUGCGUGAGGCCUACGCCCUGUGUCACCGGCUGCCUGUCCUCAGCACCGACAAGUUUAAGACAGACUUCUAUGAUCAAUGUAACGAUGUGGGAUUGAUGGCUUACCUUGGCACCAUCACCAAGACCUGCAACACCAUGAACCAGUUUGUGAACAAGUUCAACAUCCUGUAUGAUCGGCAGGGCAUUGGCCGACGCAUGCGAGGCCUCUUCUUUUGAUAGCUGCCAGCGGCUUUCACCUUCUGGAUGGAGCAGGGCGGGACAGGAGAGUUCACGUUCUGAACGAGGCACCUUGUGGCUGUAGCAAGCACGGAUUGAAGUAUAUCUGCGAUUCUCCAGAGCCGCCCUCCCCCACCACCUCUCCCUCCUCUCCUUCGCUGGAAGCUGCUUAGGCCAGUAUUGUGAAAUGGGCCAAACUGUCACCCUGUUUCACUUACGGCUGGUUUUCGCUCUCUGGUUUUGUUGCUUCGGUGCCAGUGACUUGUUCGAUCGGAAUUUGAGUUCACACAAUGAGUGCAUGUGUCUGGUUUUACUGCUGGGGAGCAGAUGUGAAGUUGUCGGUUGUGUAUGAGAAAUAAAGUUUAAAGGAACUGG